AUGCAAACUCUCAAGCUUAACACCAGCAACUUGGCGCGAAUUGCGGCCGGUAGAACACCUAUCAGCAUCCCAAAAUAUCCACGAGGCCCCGCCAUCAAGGAGGGUAUCGUUCACAUUGGUGUGGGUGGUUUCCACCGUGCUCACCUGGCCUACUAUGUCGACCAGUUGAUGCGCCAGGGUAUCACUGAUUGGGCAAUUUGUGGUGUUGGUCUACAACCCUUCGAUGCUGGCAUGCGUGAUGCUUUGAGAUCUCAAGACCAUAUGUACACUCUCAUUGAGCGCUCUGCUAAGGGAAGCUCUGCCAGUAUCAUUGGUAGCAUCAAUUCUUACCUCUUCGCCCCUGAUGACCGAGAAGCCGUUAUCGCCAAGAUGGCACACCCUGAUACCCACAUCGUUUCCCUCACCAUCACCGAGAGCGGAUAUUUCUACAAUGAGAAUACACACGAACUGCAAAGCGAUCACCCUGAUAUCAAGUUCGAUCUUGACCCCGCCAACGAAAAUGCCCCACGUACCACAUUUGGUUUCCUCUACGCUGCCAUGGCCCGUCGUUAUCAGCAAGGGUUGAAGCCUUUCACAGUUAUGUCUUGUGAUAAUAUGCAGAAGAAUGGUGCUAUCACAAGGCAUAUGCUGGACUCGUUCGCACGCAUCCGUAACCCUGACCUCGCAAAGUGGAUCUCUGAGAAAGGCCACUUCCCCAACGCCAUGGUCGACCGUAUCACACCUCAGACAUCUGCCAAGGAUAAGGAAGAUCUUGCGGAGAACUUCGGUGUUGAAGAUUCCUGGCCUGUUGUUACAGAGCCUUUCACUCAGUGGGUCAUUGAAGAUCACUUCUCCGACGGCCGUCCACCAUUUGAGAAGGUUGGAGUCCAGGUGGUGAAGGAUGUACACGCUGUGGAGGAGUUUGAGAAACACAAGCUUCGUCUCUUGAACGGUAGUCACUCUGCCAUUGGAUACCCUGGUCAACUUGCAGGCUUCAAAUACGUCCACGAGGUCAUGCAGGAUCCCUUCUUUAGCAAGUUUGUUUGGCAGAUGAUGCAAGAGGAAGUGAGACCAUCACUACCUUCCAUUCCCGGUGUUGACCUUGACGUUUACACUAAGACCUUGAUUGAGCGUUUCUCCAACCCCACGAUUAUGGACCAACUGCCUCGUAUCUGCCUUAACGCUUCUGGAAAGGUUCCACAAUUCAUUAUGCCCUCGAUUGCCGAAGCCAUUUGGGUAAAAGGCCCCUUCCGCCGUUUGUGCUUCGUUGCAGCCGCCUGGUUCCACUAUGUGAGGGGUGUUGAUGACAAUGGCAACAAAUUCGAAGUCGACGAUCCUAUGCGUGAGCUACUUCAAGCUAAGGCUAUUGCUGGAGGCACAAACCCGGCCGAGCUGCUUAGCAUCGGAAACCUCUUUGGUGAUGACUUGCGUUCUGACAAGCGAUUCUUGGCAACAGUCACUGCUGCAUUGGAAGACAUCAGUCGGGAUGGUAUCCUGAAGACUAUUCCUAAGUAUGUUGAUUAA